AUGCAUUGCGGUGUUGUGGUCCGCUUUGUUAUUUGGCCCUAUUUGGUGGGCUUUACUGCUGCUGCAAAAUGUGUUCCUGAAAAGUGUGGUUCGAUGAAUGUGAGUUACCCUUUCUGGAUCAACAACGAGAAUUGUGGAAAGCAUGGUAAAGGUUUUCAUAUGGAAUGCAAGGAGGACAAAGAUAAUGGGAUGAUGGCUCUAUCUCUUCCUGCUCAUUAUAAUAAUAAGGGGAUGGUUAGUACAAGAUCUUAUUAUAAGGUUUGGGAUAUCGAUUAUUCUGGGAACAUCGUCAUCAAUUCGAGUUCUCUUAAAGCCAAUUCGUGUCUGGCAAGUGGAGGGGAAGACGCAUUCGUAGUGUUUCGGCUAGCCUUGCCUUUCACUAUAUCUAUGUCCAAUAGAUUUGUGGUUGUUGGAUGCAGCACAUCAGGUAGUUACGAUUAUGAUGACCUGGGAGGACAAGCGAGAUGUGUAGCAGGAUGUGCCUCUCAGAGUUAUUCACCAUACUGCCGCUAUGGCAGUUGUGAAAUUACUCUUCCAGAUAAUUAUCCGUGGAUAAAAUUCACAGGUGGACGUUUAUCUAAUUUAAGCGGUAAUGAGAAAGAAUGUGGCUUCUCCACCAUAUUGGAUCCAUCCACCUUCAGAGUGGUGGAUAAUAAAACAAACCUCUUUUGGGGAGAAGGCAGGAAGGCUGAUUAUGGUCUCCACCUUAACUGGGGUGUCGGCCAUCAGAAUUGUUCGACGGCUCAAGGAACAUCCAAUUAUUCUUGCUCCAUCAACGCAGACUGCCUUGAAUCCCCUUCCGGAUUAGGUCACGUCUGCAGAUGCCUUCCUGGGUAUGAAGGAAAUGGUUACUUGAACGGCACAGAUUGUACAGCAACAGCAACGCAACGAAAAACGGAAUUUAGAAAGACGGGAAACCCGUUUCUGCCGUCGAAACGCGAAACGGGGCUUUCCCGUCGCGUUUCUGUUAACUAUGCGUGGAAGCAUCCAAGGGAGGUGUUUGCCAUAAUUUGGCAGGAUCUUACAUUUGUUCAUGUGCAAAGGGUUACGCUGGAGACGGCUUCACAAACGGGUCAAGGCUCUGUUUAUGCAUUCGUUGGGGCUUCUCUAGCAGCAUGUGCAAUAGCUUGGUUGCUGAGAAGGCGUUACCUAAAACAUGCUAGGGAUGAGUACUUCCGAUUCAACGGAGGCUUUUUGCUAGAAAGAAUCCUAGCAGAAAAGGGAAAACAAACGGAGGGGAAAUUUUUCAAGAUUUUCUCUGAAAAUGAGCUGAAGAGGGCCUCCCGAGAUUAUUCAGAUGACAUGAAGCUUGGCAGCGGUGGUUCAAGAACAGUAUACAAAGGCAUCCUUUCGAAUGGUACAACUGUGGCUAUUAAAAAGUUCAAAGAAAUUCCCAUUGGAGUAGAAGGCGAGGAAUCAGUGAACCAGUUUAUCAACGAAAUCGUGAUUCUGUCUGGUCUUAAUCACAAAAACGUUGUCUGCUUGGUCGGAUGCUGCCUGCAAACACAAUCUCCUGUUCUAGUAUACGAAUUCGUUGGUGGGGGAACAAUUUCUCAACAGCUGAGUUGCGAAUUGGACCGCCCCAUUAUUCAUAGAGACGUGAAAUCAACUAAUAUUCUUCUCGACAAUACCGUCACCCCAAAAGUUGUAGAUUUUGGGAUAUCUCGGCUACUGUGUGGGAAUGAUACGCACCUCACCACCAAUGUCAUGGGCAUCUGCGGUUACAUGGAUCCUGAAUACUUUGACACGGGCUCGCUUACUGAAAAAAGCGAUGCAUACAGCUUUGGCGACAACUGCUUGACUGAUAUUUUGGAUCCAAACGUGAAGAACGAAGAGAACCAAGAUCAAGUAACUGUUGUGGCAAGUCUAGCUAGAGAAUGUCUUUGUCCGGAAGGAAGUGGAAGACCGUCCAUGAGAGAGGUGAAGAUGAGGCUUGAGGAGAUUGGAGGUUCCACAACACUCACCACAUCAAUUUCAUGUUUAAACGUCCCAGUCGACCAAAUUUCAGUUGCCUGCACUCAAAGUGGGUCGAUAAAUUCUUUGUUUCAGCUCACAGAGAUGUCCAGGAUUCAUGGACGCUGA